UUUCACCUGGGCUCAGGUAAGACAUUCGGAGGGGCUCGAAUGCAUCUCCACGGCUAGCAGCUUCCGUCUACAAAGAUUUGCCGAAACUUGGACGCAGCUUUAAGUUAACAUCUGUAAAUCUAUAAGAUAUGCCUGGGAACAGUGUGGGGAACUCCCGGCAAGCCAAUAUCUAUAGCCAGAAUAACAAGCCAAUGAGGGACAAUCAACAGAGGCCAUCGAGUGUUUCCAAAGAAAGUGACAUGUGCCUGGAGGUUUUGGGUGAUCUGACUCCUGAUCUAAAUCCACCCAAAAGAUCAAAAGCUGCCAAAGUCAGAAAGUACUAUCAAAGUAAUGCCAACGGGAGGCAGUCAGAAACUCUUGAUUUUCUUCCUGGAUCUGCUGAAAGUCCUCCAUCUUCUGGUUCAUGUGGGCCUUGCAAUACAUUUUCAUGGGAACGGUGCAAAGAACUCCUAUGCAUUGUAGUCACCUGUGGUCACUACAAAACUGAGCAUGACAUCUGUAUACCAUGUACGUCCAGCUCUGAAACUUCAACAGAUGACAAAAUUCAAGACUCUAAAGCCAAUGGAAUAGCAGGGAAUAAUCAACGAACUACACUGAGAACUGACAAUAAGCCUUCAAAAAACCCCAGUUUUAAUUACCCAGAUUUAAAACUUUAUGGAAAGCCUUUGAACCUUGAGAGUGUUGGUAGCCACAAACCAAGCACAUCCUGCACAAAUUCAUUAAAAUCACUCUCUAGAAGUGAGAGUAUGGAGAAGCCAUCAGGUCCUCUCAGCAAGAUUUCUGACUAUUCUUUUGAAGACCUAGAUCAGGGUAUAGAAGAACUCAACAAUUCAGGCACAGAUAUAAACUCUUUGAUUAACAAGAAAUUGUUGGAGCUCUUUACUUUGCAUCAAAUAGACCAGCUGGCAAAAUGCACAUCAGAUUCAGCUUUUUUUAAGAAAACAAGUGAGAUUGCUGAGCUUAUCAAUCAUAUUAUGCACAAUUACAAUCUUGAUGAACAGGAUGCCGAAUGUCGUUUGGUACAUGGCGUUAUACGCAUUAGCACCAGGAAGCCCAAGAAAAUUAAAUCCCCUGAAAAUAGAUCUGACUAUGAUUCGCGCUAUGUAAGCUCUAUUAGGAACAAUGAUGACAAAAGGGAAAGUGGCAAGAGGCAUAAUGGAAGUUAUCCUCCUGACAGUGGCAAUGAAACAAUGAUAGACACUUCUGGUAUCAGUCAGGAUAGUAAAGGACUUGAUAUACAGAUAUCAGAGGAAACAAGCUCGGAUAAACGUGCUCGAGAUCUGGUUUGCCAGAGUCUGUUAGCUUCUCCUUCAGGAUCGUCUGCUGAAAAUUAUAGCCCACUUCCUGAGACUGAAACAGACUCUUCUGGCGCUCCACUACUUUCACCACUUGCUCGAACGUGACCUUCUCGGGAGACUAACACAGUGCCAUGAACCACAAAGAGAUCCUAACCUUCCUACCCCGUGUUAGAAAGCAGGCCCUUUGGCAGAUAGAGUUCAUGACAAAUAAACUUGCUGCUCUUCUGUCUGUAUCUUCCCUGUGCUUUUUUAACUGCGGAGUUUCUUAUUGAAUAUAAGGUUAAAAGAAUGUUUGGCCUACCUAACAGGGCAGCAGAAGCUAACAUGCCUAUCUCACAUCUAGUCUUAUGCCACUGAAACGAGCAUGUGGUGAAGCCCUUUGGAGAUGGACUAGAACUCUUUUAUUUGGGAAAACUAGCCUUCCUGGACAUGGUCAGAGGAGGUUUGCAAUCUGAACGAUAUUUUUUUCGUUCAAUAGUCCACAAUGUCCAGAGUUUGCCUGAGCAGCUAAUGAUGGUUGACUUUCGUCUCCUGCAUAAAACAUUCAGAUGCUAAGACCAGCUUAGUGUUCCUUUAUGUUUUCACUGAUUUGUAACCUGCAAGCACACAGACUUUGGAUGAUGUUUUACUACACUCUGUAUUCUGCAUGAUUAUAACACGUGAAACCACUGAAUUGGAAAGAAUUGUACUUUAGAGAGAAUGUAUGUUUUUUUGUCCCCCCCCCCCCCAACCCCCCCAAUUGUAUUCUCAUUUUAUCACAUUAGAGUAACUGGAGAAAACUGGAUUUGAGGAGAGCAGGUUAUUGAACUGUGAUAUUUUUGCGCAUCUUGUCAAGUUUGUAUUUUUAGAAUAAUAUAGCAGGUGACUUAUUUAGCUCUUUCUUCAUUAGAUAGCCUGUGCAAUUGUUGACAGGCUAUAGUACAGUAAUUUACAAAAAAGCUAGUUGCAGAGCUAGUGUUGGCUAUUUUUUUAUUUGUAUUUGUUAAAUAUCAAAAAUAAUGUAUAAUUCUAAGUGCUUUUUAAUUCCCGCCAUUCCGUGUUUGUCUGUAUUAUACAGCUGUAUAUAAUUAGAAACAAAUUAUAUUUUGGAUGACUUCUAAUUAAAGUUUUGUAUACUACUGAAAACUGUCCCCUGCCUAAAACAUCAGAUACUAACUGAUCAUUAAAGUGCAGAAAAUAUUAGGCUCAUUUUCAUUGUCCCCUAAAGGGUUUAAGUCAUAAGUUGUUUUAUGAUUGCAGCGCCAAUCAUUGUUUAGUGAGUAAAACAAACUGUUAAUAUAUUUUUGAUCAAAGAAUUUUAAAAUAUGUAAAGAACAAGUUACUAUACACGUGUGCAGGUAUUAUUCCUGUAUGUUCUCUACAAUAUCGGAGUUGCAGCAGUAAACAGUUUACUAGAGUGCAGGAUUUGACAAAACAGUCAUGAAUGGGUGUUACCAUAUGGCCUUAUUGCUUCAUCUAAGAAAUCAAAAUACCUUUAUUCUCAGCUGUUAUUUGACAAAUAAAAGUGGUUAUCUAUUUUCUACACCUGCUGUAACACCCCAUGACCAUCUAAUAGGAAGCAAUGACGAAACUGAUGGAAAAGUGAAGUGUAGAGAAAUUAAAGAGGAUGAUGAUGUCCACUUACUGGUUCAUUUUUGUUUCUUGUGCGUUGUUAGUAGGUUUUAUACAAGUCCUCAAGAAUGCUGAAGCAGACUUUCUUUUACAUUCAUGAAGGCAGACUUGAAAUAAUAGUAUUCUUCAACUUCCUUAAUCCAGGGAACCAACCAGUAAAAUUCCUGUGGCUCGGAGUACAGUACGCUUCUGGCCCCUCCUGCACCUGCAUGCUCCCCUUUGGACGAAAGUCCUGUUUCUUCAGAAGCAGUGUGAAAGGAAAAAAAAGUUGAGUGUCUGGUUUGGAAAGGAGAAUGAACAACCUUUUUUAUCUCUCUGACAAAAUGUGACCAUUAAUAAAAUGAAAGUAGGAAG